AGGAAAUCCACAUUUGGUAACGUCAGUGCUCCAUCUCUCUCAGGCCUCGACGCCGAACAGUUGAAACCGGCUAAAGAGUGCACCCCCAUCGAAUACCCCAAGCCCGACGGGAAGAUAAGCUUCGACCUGCUCUCCUCUGUGGCUCUGAGCGGCACCAACCACGAGGGGGACCAGCCCGCCCACCUCACCCUGAAGAACGACAGCAUCCCGGUGGAGAGGAACCUGGCCAUCUACGACGGCCCGGAGCAGCGCUUCUGCCCCGCAGGUGUGUACGAGUAUGUUCCCCUGGAAACUGGAGAUGGGAUGAGGCUUCAGAUUAAUGCUCAGAACUGUGUCCACUGUAAGACGUGUGACAUCAAGGACCCGAGCCAGAACAUCAACUGGGUGGUGCCUGAGGGCGGAGGAGGGCCAGCCUACAACGGGAUGUGAACAUCGUGUUUUUUUUAACCUAUGUCUA